CAUCCGAGCACCGCUAAGAACUUCUUCCGGAUAGCUAGCAGUUCUGGUUAGCGCGGCGCUUUCUGCGGCUCCGGGGCCGCGUAGAAGACGUUACAGGUGUCACGCAUCAAGAGGCGUCGGUUGAGCGUCCUCGGUGAGACAAAUUGUUUAGAGAUUUGUCUCCUUCGAGCGCUUGGAAGGUGCUUGAAUCUUGCACAUUCGGAGUUGUUUCACGUGUGGCGAGGUCUGGAUUCAGUUGACUUCCUGCACCGUCAAGGAACCUUUCGACUCUGGAGAAGACCUCUUCUUUGGGUUAUCUGGGAUCAUCUUACUGAUCUGAAAUCCACUGUUAUCGGACGCUUCCGGCCAUUUGUAGGCAAGACUAGUCUAAUGGGCUCCAACUCGGUUGAUUUACUUCAGAGUUCUACUGGAGUUCACUUUUCCGGUCUUCACCUCAAUGAGCUGGAAAGAAGAGAUUUGCAAAUGGAGAAAACAACUUCAUCUACUGAAAAUGCUUACAGGCAACCAUUUAUAAUAGGCGUUGCUGGUGGUGCAUCUUCAGGAAAAACAACAGUCUGUAAUAUGAUUAUUGAUCAACUUCAUGACCAAAGAGUUGCUCUUGUCAACCAAGAAUCUUUCUAUUAUGACUUGACAGAUGAUGAAGUGGCUCUUGUUCAUGAAUACAACUUUGAUCAUCCAGAUGCAUUUGAUACUGAAACUCUACUUUGUUGUUUGGAGAACUUAAAGCGUGGAAAGGCUGUUGAAAUUCCAAAUUAUGAUUUCAAAACGCAUAAGUGCGUAUCACCAUCAAGAAAGGUCAAUCCUGCUGAUGUUGUAAUAUUGGAGGGUAUAUUAGUUUUCCAUGAUCAUCGGUUGAGGGAUUUGAUGAACAUGAAGAUUUUUGUUGACACGGAUGCUGAUUUACGUUUGUCAAGGAGAAUAUGUCGUGAUACUUUUGAAAAGGGAAGAGAUGUAAAAACUGUACUAGAUCAGUACUCAAAAUUUGUGAAACCUGCUUUUGAAGACUUCAUACUCCCAGCAAAGAAGUAUGCUGAUAUUAUCAUGCCUCGGGGUGGAGAUAAUCAUGUCGCAAUUGAUUUGAUUGUGCAGCAUAUUUGUACAAAACUUGGUCAACAUGAGCUUUGUAAAAUAUAUCCUAAUCUUUAUGUCAUUCAAUCGACUUUUCAGAUUCGUGGCAUGCAUACAAUAAUACGUGAUGCCCAAACAACAAAACAUGAUUUUAUAUUUUAUUCUGAUCGAUUAAUUCGGCUGGUCGUUGAACAUGGUCUUGGGCAUCUUCCCUUCCAAGAAAAGCAAGUAAUGACUCCAACAGGAUCUGUAUACACUGGGGUUGAAUUUUGCAAAAGGUUAUGUGGUAUCUCAGUUAUUAGAAGUGGAGAGAGUAUGGAGAAUGCAUUGCGAGCAUGCUGUAAAGGGAUUAAGAUUGGAAAGGUUCUUAUUCACAGGGAAGGAGAUAACGGUCAGCAGCUAAUAUAUCAAAAUUUGCCUAAAGACAUUGCGGACAGGCAGGUAUUGCUGUUGGAUCCCAUAUUGGGCACGGGAAACUCAGCAGUUCAAGCUAUCUUAUUGCUUCUGGAGAAGGGUGUAGAUGAGGCAAACAUUAUAUUCUUGAAUCUAAUUUCCGCACCUCAAGGAGUUCACGUUGUGUGUAAAAGAUUCCCAAGAAUCAAGAUUGUGACAUCAGAAAUAGAGCAAGGUUUGAAUGAAGAUUUUCGAGUUAUUCCUGGCAUGGGUGAGUUUGGAGAUAGAUAUUUCGGAACCGACGAAAGUUACUUUGGAACAGAAGAUGAUUAGAACGUGCAGCCCAUCCAUUAAAUUCAGCACAUCUGGCAAACUCUUCGAGAAUUAAUGUGUACAUGCCGCAUAUGUGGUUGAGAUCGAGAUUUUCGCUAAGUUCAAUUUUUGAAGUUAUCAUCAUUAACCUUACGCCGUUUGUACCCUCAUUUCUCUUCAAUUUCGUCAAGUGCUGAAUUGAAAAUAAAUAAAUAAACUGCACUAAUCAGUUCCUCCCUUACGGGUUGGCGAGCACAAGUUUUUUGGAGUCCUAUUUUCUUGUUGAAAACGAUUCAAGCCUCUGGACAAUCCCACAUUUGGACUUAUAUUAUUCAUUUGAGUGUAUGCAGGUUUUCCCUAUGAUAGGCUCUUUAUUUUGUAUGUUUAAUCUAUUUGUUGUCACAUACAGUUAUUUUGCGUUUUUUACUUUCUUCCAUGUUUUUUUUUUUCAAAAAUUGUAAUUUGAUCACAUAAUUAUUCUUUCUUUUGUUUGAUUAUAACUACAAGGAUGUUCAACUAUGAUCAAAGCAUAUUGGAAGAAGCAUGGAUAAGUGAUAGAAUCAUUUGUCUAAUGAUCAACAAA